AUUACAUCUGCCACCCAAAUCUGUGCCCCUACCUGGCCCCCCCAACAAAAAUUUUCUAGACACGCCACUGCACGAGACCUCGAACGUCACGUGAUCAAAGACAUUUAGAACAAACGAAGCGUCGGAGUUGAAGACGGAAAUGUCUGCUGUGACUGCGUCGCUCUGCUCGACUUUGCUGUUUGUCGGCCUCUUCGUGUUUGUCUCUGCAGACCAGAAAAACAUCACCGCUGAGUCUGGACAGAAGGUCAGUCUCCCAUGUCGAACUCCAAACAACAACACAAUCAGACUUGUAAAGUGGAGUAGAAAUGACCUGAAGCCACAACAUGUCCUUUUGUACCGGGAUGGACACUUUGAACCAGCCAACCAGCAUCCAUCUUUUAAGAACCGGGUGGAACUGCAGGACAGACAGAUGAAGGAUGGAGACGUGUCUUUGAUUCUGAAGGAUGUGACGAUUAAUGACACUGGAACAUACGAGUGUCUGUUCAUCAUGAGUGGAACAAAAAAUGCCCCCAGCAUCAUCCACCUGAGUGUUGUUGAUCCUCCAGGUCAGCCAGGAGGAGACACAGAGGAUGGAGGGAAGGAGGCAGGAGGGAAGGAGGCAGGAGGACACAAAGAGGCUGUAUCUGUUGUACUGAUUGUCAGUCUGUCAGUUUCUGCUGUCCUUGUUCUUGUUGCCGCUGUUGUCAGUUAUCUGUUCUAUCAAAAACAAAGGAGUGUUUUAUAACUCA